AUGGCGGAACCUGGAAAAAGUAGCAGGAGCACGAAAGGUGUUCCCCCAGUAAGGUUCAGAGAGCCUGAGGCAGAGCUAGACGAUACGAAGAGUAGUGUCUCUUCCCUGACAUCGUCCGCUUCCUCUACUGCUUCCAGGCGUCGCAGAGCGGAGUUGAAGUCGGCGGUGCGGCUAGCAAAGCUGGAGCAGGAGUUUGAAGUCCAGCAGCUCAAGCGACAGAAAAGAAUCCUGCAGCUGGAGCUAGACGCCGAGUUGGCUUCCAUUGAAGGAGACGAACUAGAGUCAGAGGGACGUCCGGAGGAGACGGAGCCGUCCACUGACGCGUCAUUUCAGACCUGCGCUGAGAGCCUGGCGUUGUUUGCGCGGAAGAUGGCGGCGUCUGAUGAUGAGACUGACGAUGACGACCAGGCAGUCACGGAGCGAAGCGUCUCCGCUGGUCCUCCCGCUGCAGGUUUUGUAGCUCAAGCGUUCAAAACCGACGACCGGUUGAACGGGGAGCUCAAGUCUGAGACUCUCCAGAGCCGUGGCGUUUCUCGCCUUGAUGGAGAUGGCUCCACCGCAGACAAAGCGACCGAACAGCAGGACAGCGUUCCUGCUGAAACACAAGUGUCCACCCCUGUCGGUGUUGACAGGACGCCAGCUCCGGUCGCUGUAGGGCUUGACAAGCCUAGUGGUAGUAGUAUGGAGAUUACUCCAGUAGUACAAGGUCAUUUGGGAAGAUCGUGGCCUCAGGCAGCUUCAGAUACAGCACGUGGAAAAGCUGACAGAGUGAGCAGCUGGGUACAGGGCGUUCAGAGUGCACCCUUCAGUGGUAUCAGCCAACAUCAGAUCCAGCCACUGGAACUACCCAAGUUUGAUGGUUCACAGAAGAACUACAUCAGGUGGAGGCAGAAGUUUCUGAGGCUGGUGGACGACGACCACAUGGUCUCAGAAGAUUACAAGAUGGCCCGUCUAAGGGAAGCUCUAGAAGGUGGCACGGCAGAUGACCUGAUUGCGGAUCUGCUGGAUGGCCCUGGCGCAUACAGCGCUGCGCUCAAGGAGCUAGAUGAGUGGUAUGGGAGUAAUGACCGCGAGCUCGAGCGCCAACAGCAGGAACUUCUAGCACUUCCACGGAUCACCUCAGAAAGGGACUCCGACAAGCUGCAGCAGUUGGCCGUCAGACUGCGGAAUGUUCUGUUGAACAUGUCAACUGCCAGUUUAACACCAGGCCGUGAUCUUUACAUCGCAAUCACGCAGAAGCUUCCCCGCGGGAUGUUGACGAGGUUUGUCGAGUCUCAUGACGAUUCUUUAACGAACGUGAAGACACUAUCCACCUGGUUGAUGAAGCGAGUGCACACCCUGCGUCAAGUUGAUGCCAGGCUGACCGAGUCUGACCAAGAUCAGAAGAAGCCUGCACUGUCCAAGCCACCGCAGCGUCCAGCUCAGAACCGACCAUGGAACCCUAGGGGGGCGGAGCGAUCGUAUGCUGCCGGUCCCCCCAAGCAGAGUGCACAGUGCCUGAAGUGCAGCGGCAGUCACCCCCUGGAGCGGUGUCCUGCCUUUGAGAAGAUGUCUGUCCCUGAUCGCUGGCAGCUAGUCAAGAGCAGUAGUCUGUGCAUCUGCUGUUUCCGGCCCGGGCACAGAGCGUACAAGUGUGACACCGGCAAGUGUACGGUCUGUCAGAAGACGCAUCAUGCUAUGCUGCACAUAGAGCAAAAAGGGAGCGCUUCCAACACACGCACCACCGCAGGAGCGUCCGCCAACGGCACGCCUACAAGCGAGAAGGUGACCUACCAUGCCAGUGCAGACUCAGUCCUGCACCCGUCUAGCAGCACAACGUUCAUCGAUGAUGGGAUCUCAUUCAUGACUGUGCCAGUAUUGCUGAAGAACGAGGACCGAGUGGUCGAGUGUACUGCUCUCUUCGACUCUGGGUCGACAGCCAGCUACAUCCAGAAGGACGUUGCAGAUCUUCUUGGCAUCCAGCCAGCAUCGCAACCACUGAAGGUCCAGACGCUAGGAGGGAACAGCGUCAGCACAGAUGCAACCCAGUCGACAGUCACCAUCUCCAGCAGCGACGGGAGCUAUGUUUCCUCAUUGGACGCUUGGGUCUUGCCACAGGUAACUGGAGACUCCAACAUCAUCGAGUGGCACGCGCGCAAGAGUAGUUGGGACCACCUACGAGAGAUCGACUUCCCAGUUUCCCAUAGUAAGAAGAUUGGUAUCCUCAUCGGCCUCAAUGCUACGCCGCUCCACAAGGCUCUGGAGGAGAGAUGUGGCCCACCCGGCAGUCCAGUGGCACGACUCACCCCGCUCGGUUGGGUGUGCUACGGCCCGACAUCAGCUCAGGCUGACCCAGCUCGUGUGGCCACCCAUUGUGCUGUCCGUCUACCGAGUGACAGCGUGGAGCAGGCGGACGAUCGCUUGGACGACCUGGUGAAAGACUUAUGGAAUGUCGAGAGUGUCGGUCUCGGAGUCAGCCCAACGUACCGAACGCCAGCCGAACAGGAAGCAGAAGCCAUGACGACCGCGACCUUGUCGUAUAGCGGUGGGCGGUACUGUGUCGGCAUCCCAUGGCGCAGCGCGGAUGGCCCGAAGGUGCGGAACAACCGGCCAAUGGCAGAGCGCCGUCUCCGUAGCCAAGAAAGAAGUCUUGAACAGAAGCCGCACAUCGCGGCAGAGUACAACCGCGUCCUUGUAUCGCACAUGGCAAAAGGGUACAUUAGGCAAGUGCCAGCAGAAGAGGUAGCUGCGGAUGGAGAAGAUCAGUGGUUCGUUCCGCACUUCCCCAUCGUUCGCCAAGACAAGGUCACCACCAAGGUGCGGGUGGUGUUCGACGCGGCCGUCUCUUGGAGUGGAUGUAACCUCAACGAGGAGAUGCACGCAGGCCCACCACUGCAGAGCGACCUUGUACACAUCCUGCUACGGUUUUGUAUGGAGCCAGUGGCAAUCGUCGCCGACAUCAGCGAGAUGUUCCUUCAAGUUGGCCUCCGGCCAGACGACAGGAAGUACACCAGAUUCCUGUGGCGAAAGGACAACAACAGCGAGCCCGAAGUCUUUGAGUUCAACAGACUGGUUUUCGGGAUGAAGGCAUCGCCCUACCUCGCCACCAGAGCGUUGCGACAAACGGCGGAGGAUUUCUCCAGCAGUGACCGAGACGACAGCAUCGACAUUCCAGCGCUGGUCAACAAGGCUUUCUACGUCGAUGAUCUUCUACACGCUACCCAGGACGAGUCCCAGGCAGUAGAGAUUCAGCAGAAGUUGGACGCAACACUCAGCAAAGGCGGCUUCCACUUGCGCAAGUGGCACAGUAAUUCAGCAGCCGUGCUCGACGCUAUCCCACCAGCAGACAGAGCACCCCAAGCCCAGGUCAUGUUAGAAGACGCGGCUUGCAACGCACCGCCUGUUUCCAAGACUCUUGGAGUGACCUGGAUGGCAGACAAGGAUCAGUUCACGUUUGUGUAUAACGCGCCAGCCGAGGACUAUGCCAUCACGAAGAGAUCGGUCCUGCGGAAGAUGGCGACGAUCUUUGACCCGCGCGGCCAGCUGCUACCGUUCACCAUCAGAGCGCGGAUCCUGUUUCAAGAGGCCUGUAUUGCCGGCCAUGGUUGGGAUGACCCUCUCAGCACAACAGAGGUGAAGAAGUGGAAGACGUGGUUCGCGGAGCUACCGGACCUCACCUCAGUGUCAGUUGACCGUUGCUUCAAGCUUGCAGGAGCACUCCCACAACCAUGUGCCACUGAGGUUCACACCUUCACGGACGCGUCCGAUGCAGCGUUCGCUGCGGCAUCGUAUGUGCGAGUCACCUACCCAGACGGACAAGUGAAGGUCACGCUGUGCAUGGCAAAGAGUCGUCCAACGCCAAUCAAGAAGAUGUCAAUUCCGAAGCUCGAGUUGAAGGCAGCGGCCCUGGGCGUACGUUUGAGCACGGAGGUCGCCACAGCUCUUGACAUCCCAGUAGCGCACCACUUCUUCUGGACGGACAACAUGAAUGUUCUGUUCUGGGUGCGUUCUCACAGUCGCAAGUUCGCCACAGACGUCGGUGUGAAGAUAGCGGAGAUCCAGACAGUGACCUCUGGUAAGCAGUGGCAGCAUGUGCCCGGCAAGUCAAACCCAGCAGACCUCCCAACACGCGGAAUGACAGCUUCAAGUCUCGCAGCGUGUGACGAGUGGUGGCAAGGCCCGAGUUUCUUGCAAGCGCCGCCGUCAGAAUGGCCGAACCGUGACAUCGUUGUGCCGACGAAUUUGCCUGGAGAAACCAAGCGCCACCAAGCAUCGUCCCUGCUAGCCACCGGUCCGAGCAUUGACCGCCUCCAACCAGAUCGAUACAGUUCCUGGAUUCGCCUGAAGCGUGUCACUGCGUGGUGCAGAAGGUUCUUUCGGCACGCCAGCAAAGGGAAAUGCUGCAGGCAGGACACACCGCAGACUGGAGGAUCGGCAGCGGUGGAAGGCACCAUGGUGUCCCUCGAAUACCAGCGUACGAGAAAACCGCAGAAGUUUCUCGUGCAGCCCCUCACAGUUACUGAACUGGAGUCAGCUGAAGAUGUGUGGUUCGCUAAGGCUCAGCAAGACGAGUUCAAUGAGACGAUUGAAGCGUGUAGAAGUCAGCGGCCCAUCCCGGCGUCAAGUCCACUGCUACGCCUACAACCGGUUCUGGAUGACAGCAACCCUCAGCUACUGCGGAUGGACGGCAGGUUGAGCACGGCACAUCACCUUCCCAGCAGCCUCCGUAGGCCCGUCAUUCUGCCAACGAAGCAUCCGGUCACAGCCCUUGUAAUCGCUCAUGAGGAUGCGGCUCACAAUCACACUGCUGGCGUCAACCACCUGUUGUCGACCCUGAACUCGAAGUUCUGGAUUGUACAUGGCCCAGCGGCAGUGAAAAGGCACCGGAGCCAGUGUACGGCCUGCAAGAAGAUUUGGGCAAAGCCUGCUCAACAGCUGAUGGCACCACUACCCGACUUCCGCACCGAGGAGCCUUUCCGAGCUUUCAGUCGGGUGGGCGUGGAUUACGCCGGACCCUUUCUGACGAAGCAAGGGAGAGGAAGAAGUCGAGCAAAGCGCUAUCUCUGCUUGAUGACGUGUCUUCAGAGCAGAGCAGUUCAUCUUGAGAUGGCGUAUGGCUUGGACACGGAGAGCUUUCUGCUGGCAUUCACCAGGUUCGCGAAGAGAAGAGGUGUACCGGAUCUCGUCGUGUCCGACAAUGGUACCAACUUUGUGUCAGCCGAGCGUGAGCUACGAGAAGCCAUCGAAAGCCUCAAGAACAGCCAGGUUGCCGCUACCAUGGCCUGCAAAGGCGUGGAGUGGAGGUUCAAUCCGCCACGCUCACCGCAUCACGGCGGGGUCUUCGAAGCAAUGGUCAAGUGUGCCAAGAGAGCGUUGGUCGGCAUCUUGCACAAUGCUGUGUGUUCUGAUGAGGAGCUCCAGACUGCCUUCACCACUGUUGAGGCUCAGCUCAAUCGUCGACCUCUAACGGCCCAGAGUGGAGAUGGACAAGACCCGGAGCCGCUAACACCCUCGCACUUUCUAGCGGGAUCGACGACCGUGAUGACCGCGGUCGAGGAAGAUGGCCAGGCGUACCACCUCAAAGCCUGGAGGGUGUUGCAGAGCUGUUUAGCCGCGGUCUGGAAGCGCUGGCUACAAGAGAUGGUCCCAAAGUUGAACAUACGUCAACGAUGGCAGAAGAGCCUUCCCAACAUCCGGAUUGGAGACGUGGUGCUUGUCCUGGACGCGCACACUCCUCGCGGCCAGUGGCCCCUCGGGAGGAUCGAAGCGAUCUACCCAGGCACCGACGGAAGAACACGUGUUGUCGACGUGAAGGUGAAAGGGAAGCAAUACCGCCGACCUAUCACUGUGCUCAUCCCGAUAGAUGCGGUGCGCACUCCCUGA